AUGGAGGGUCUGAAGGGUCUGCUGGUGCUGGUGCUGCUCUCUGUGCCGCGUUCAGCACCUGUCUCUCUGUCUCACCUGUGCGUUCCAGUCCACGGUGGUUGGUCCAGCUGGUUUGGCUGGUCUCAUUGUUCUGCUACGUGCAUCGCUAAAUCAGAUGGCGAUGUCAUCGUUCCCUCCAGGGUGCGACAUCGCUCCUGCUCUAACCCCACCCCGUCAGACAGCACAUCGCCACCUGGCAACAGUUGCCCUGGAGACGCGUUACAGGUGCAGCACUGUAGCGAGCUCCCCAACUGUGCAGAGGAUGGCAGCUGGGGUGCGUGGGCUCCAUUCAGGCCAUGCUCAGUCUCCUGCGGGGCGGGGCUUCAGCUGUCAGAGAGGACAUGUGAUAGCCCCGCCCCUCGAUAUGGAGGCAAAGUCUGCGAAGGGCCGAGCACUCAGAGCAGGAUUUGUGAGAGUCCAUGUCCAGUUGACGGGUUCUGGUCUGGGUGGUCGAGCUGGGGCGAGUGUUCAGGUUCCUGCAUCCCACCAGGCAGAGCCAUUAGAAGGACUCGCCAGCGCUCCUGUUCUAACCCCGCCCCUUCAUCCAACCCACCUGGUCAAAAUUGUCAAGGUGACAGCCACCAGACAGAGAGCUGCGACCACCUGCCCUUCUGCCCAGUGAAUGGAAGUUGGGGGUCAUGGUCGCCCUUCAGUUCCUGUCCUGUCACCUGUGGGCUGGGACUUCAGGUAUCAGCCAGGAGAUGUGACAAAAGGCUGAGCUACACCUCGUGUAACAUGGGAGACCGGUGUGGCCUAAUGGAGCCUCUGCUGGCCAGUAGAGGAACUGCAGGUCAGCAGUUGUUGGAGGUUGCUGCUUCCUCAUCACAUUUCUGUGUUACAGUGAACGGCCGCUGGGAGGCCUGGACACCGUGGAGCCUCUGUGAUCCACCCUGUGGCGAAAACUCGGUCCGGUCCAGGAAGAGACUCUGCAAACCUGAUUACACCGGCUACAACCUGUACCCUCCUCGUUCGACGGAGAAAGCUUCAUUUUACGGGACACCAAAAGUCAACUGCGGCCCGUUGCCCGACGGCGAGCAGCACGACCAGAAAGAGCCCUGCAUCAACAUCCCCGCCUGUGCCUAACCACGGCGAUGACGUCAGUCUGACUGCAGGCGGAGCUUGUGCUGCUGUUAUUAGAAUGAUGUCAUAGAUUACCUUUGACCUGUGAAGUCAAAACUUCAGCGGCGAGUUUGUGAUGAUGAUAGUUGUUGUAAUGGUUUCCAGGUGGCUGAUGGGAGCAAAGACGCACGAAUCUGUUGUUGUGAAAUGUUGGCUCGUUUUACCUGUGCUGAAAGUUUUGGUUCAUUAAAUGAUUUCAAGUC